ACUCUGCCUGCACUCCCUAUCCUCAGACAGACACAACACGUGCUGCCUCCCUCCUCCACCACUCUCUCAUUGGCUGCUCAUCCCGGCUCUGCACCGCCCUCCUCUUCCUAUUAUGGGGCAUCCUGAGUCCGAACUGGGAGCUCCAAACAGCAGCAUCAGUAUCAGCAGCAUCAGCAUCUCUGGGUAUCUAUAGUACACACAGCAUGGGGCUCUGCAGCACCCUCACUUGUCUCAUGGCUCUCAUUCUGCCCUACUACCUCUAUGCAGAGCAAGUUAUCCUGCUGGAUUCCAAAGAAUCACAGGCCGAGCUGGGCUGGACUUCACAUCCAUCUAAUGGAUGGGAGGAAAUUAGUGGUGUUGAUGAGAACUACAAGCCCAUUCGUACCUAUCAAGUGUGCAAUGUCAUGGAGCCGAAUCAGAACAACUGGUUACAAACGGGCUGGAUUCUGCGGCGGAAUGGACAAAGGAUCUUUAUUGAGAUUAAGUUUACUCUGAGAGACUGCAACAGUAUUCCUGGAGUUGCGGGGACAUGCAAGGAAACCUUUAACCUUUACUACAUUGAAUCUGAUUAUGAUCUGGGGAAGAACAUCAAAGAAAGCAAGUAUGUAAAAAUUGACACUAUUGCAGCUGAUGAAAGCUUUACCCAAGGGGAUCUGGGAGAACGUAAAAUGAAACUGAAUACAGAAGUGAGAGAGAUUGGACACCUAAACAAAAAAGGUUUUCACCUGGGAUUUCAGGACGUUGGGGCUUGUGUUGCCAUAGUCUCUGUACGUGUCUAUUAUAAAAAGUGUCUCUCCACAGUGCAGAACCUGGCAGUAUUUCCGGACACAGUGGCAGAGGCAGCCUUUUCAACACUGGUGGAAGUUAGGGGGACUUGCGUGAAUAACUCUGAAGUAGACUUGGAUAAUCCACCCAGGAUGCAUUGCAGUGCAGAGGGGGAGUGGCUGGUCCCAAUUGGAAAAUGUACUUGUAGUGCUGGCUUUGAAGAAAAGGAAGGUAGCUGUACAGGUAAAACUCAGUUUAAAGUUUCUAUAGAUUCUCUUGACUGACAAUGUAUUUCUGGUAAAUUUCUAAAAGUGAAUGUUAUAUUUUGGUAGCUAAUUAGAGAUGUCACAGAUGAUUCAGUAAAUAAAACAGAUCAAUUGCUAUAGAACAUAUCUGCACUGUAUACCUCUGUUGAUUAACCAUUGUCUACAAUGAGAUCUAUAUACAUACAUUUAGAUGUAUAUGCAGGCUUGUUCAUGAAGUGUUAAAGAAGGUUUAAUUGUCUAGCUUAAGUGUCCAAAUGACCAAAUCCUUAACCUAGUUGUGGUGCUCUGAUGAUUAUAAACAUAUAUGGGACUUAAUUGCUUUAGCUCAAUACUAAACUCUGCUUAGUGUCACCCCUAAUUCCUACACCAUUUACCAACCCAAUGCCAAAUCUUUAGCAGCCACUAAAAAGGUGACGGGAGGGCAUUUUUCUGGUAAAAGACAGAGUUUAGUACAGAUACUCUUCGUUUAAUGACUUACCUGUUUAAUGACCACUCGGACUUAUGACCCACUAUACAACAUUGUAUUGUACAGUACAGUUCAGAAUUUUCGUUUUUGUUCUGAAUUUAGGCAAAUUAAAACAACGUUAUUGAGCUGGAGUGUUGUGUUCAGACCUUUUUUUCACAAUACAGUACAGUACAGUAGUUAAGAAUGCUUAAAAUAUUGAUUAAUUGUAGUUUAACGACCCGGUCAUUGGAACGGAACAUUGUCAUUAAGUGAGGAGGGCCUGUAUUAAAUCAAAGAAGUUGAGUUCUAGCAUGCAAGUUCUAGUGCACCAAAACUAUUUUGUGGAUUAAUAAUAAACUUUCAGCCACUAUUUUGUGCCAGUUCAUCUUCCAUUUUUUUAGUUUAUAUUCUUAAUGCAGAACUGAAUUGAAAAAUCUAUCCUUUCAGUGUUAAAUAUUUUUUUUUUCCUAGGGUACCUAUAAAAAGAACUUUUGCUUACCAUCUGCCCCCCCAUCAUCUGGCUCUCUUCCUUCUGACACUCUGGAGUCAAAUCUGCAACUUUUGACUGGAGCACCAAAGAAAGAAGGAACCAGUCGCUCUUUAUAGCUGAUAUUUGCAUCCUGUACUCUAUGCCUUCUGUGAUAUCUGUUGGCUAUUCAUGUAUGUACAAUCAGCUCACAGUCAAUAAAACUUAUGUUCAAGUCAAGAGGGAAUCAGAUGCAUGAAAGGAGAAGCCUGGGGGUGUGAGGUAUAAAGUAAGUAAAAGUGCUUUUUACAGGUACCCUGUACCAUCACUAGCAGUUAACUCUAACCCAAACCCUACUGCAAGGGUAGAAUUUUUAUUUUCUGGAAGUUCAGCUUUAAAACAGGUGACUGGUUCAUUUUAAGCUGCCAGUUAACGCUUCGUGUAUUUUAAUGCAAUUUUAGAACACUGCAAUAUUUUUUUGAUUCCCACUGAUGAUUUUUUUGCAGAUGUUAUGAGAUAGAAAAUAUGCACAUUUAUUAUAUAGCAUAUUUUCCCAUUCCGUAGGUCUUCAGUGAUUUGUGUACAACUGUUGACAGUAUAUCUAGUAAACUUACUAUAUUACCUUAUUUUGUUGGACACUUAAAUGCAUUCUGCAGGGCUGCAUAUGCAAUGUCAAUGACAAACAAACAUUUAAGUAAGAUAGUACAGGCAUACACACACACAUACAUGCACAUACUUAUUAGAGCAGUAUCAUAUUUUACCUAUUACAGACCAUUUAAUCAUGAUUGUCAUAGCUACUACAGAUGCAAUAGGCAGACAUGCACACAUGUAUAUGUGUCAUGUGUUAUUACUUACCCAAUAGGCAGCCGAAUGUAGCAUAUAUGUCCUGCAUGAAAGUUAAUUGUGUCCAGUAUAACAUGACUGGGUAUCAGCCCGUAUUUUCGGAAAAUAUUGUGUAAUUAGUUUGCAUGUUUAUAAAAUAACCAUAACGGUGUGGGAUAAUAAUGAACGUUAGAUGAAUCACUUUCUAUUAGAAAAUGUGUAACGUCUACUUUCAACUGCUUAGUCCUUCGGCAGUAGUAAC